AUGCUGUUGAGCCCCGUCACCUCCACCCCCUUCUCGGUCAAGGACAUCCUACGACUGGAGCGCGAGCGGAGCUGCCCCGCUGCUUCGCCACAUCCGGGGGUGCGGAAGAGCCCGGAAAACUUUCAGUACCUGAGAAUGGACCCAGAGCCGCGAGGGUCAGAGGUUCACAACGCUGGUGGCAGCGGCGGUGACAGAAGGUUGGACGGUUCGGAGCCUCCUGGGGGUGCCUGUGAGGCAGUCUUGGAGAUGGACGCGGAACGGAUGGCGGAGCCACAACCCGGCUUGAGCGCGGCCUCGCCCCUCGGCGGCGGGACCAGGGUGCCAGAGUGCGGCGUUGGCAACGGCGGCGACAGCGUGCGGGGUGGCCGCUCGGAGCAGCCCAAGGCGCGGCAACGACGGAAGCCGCGCGUGCUCUUUUCGCAGGCGCAGGUGCUGGCCCUGGAGCGGCGCUUCAAGCAGCAGCGGUACCUGUCAGCGCCCGAGCGCGAGCACCUGGCCAGCGCGCUGCAGCUCACGUCCACGCAGGUCAAGAUCUGGUUCCAGAACCGACGCUACAAAUACAAGAGACAGCGCCAGGACAAGUCGCUCGAACUGGCCGGCCACCCUCUAACGCCGCGCCGAGUGGCGGUGCCCGUCUUGGUGCGCGAUGGCAAGCCCUGCCUGGGCCCCGGGCCCAGCGCACCUGCCUUCCCCAGUCCCUAUGGCGCCACAGUGUCGCCCUAUUCUUGCUACGGAGGCUACACUGGAGCACCCUACGGAGCAGGCUACGGCAGCUGCUACGCGGGCGCGCCCUCCGGUCCUGCGCCGCACACACCACUGGCCAGCGCGGGCUUCGGACACAGUGGCCAGAAUGCCACCCCGCAGGACCAUCUGGCAGCCACGCUGCAGGGCGUCAGGGCCUGGUGA